CAUACACACACACACUCGCACGAAUGAACGCACAAAUCGAGUAUCCUUGUGCUCUAGGGAAAUCAACAGCGCUCAACGGACGAGCGGCCACUGGCAGUCAGUCCGUCGUUUAGUGAGUCGCCUUCGCGCCAACCGGUGGGUGGUCGGCCUGUUUGGUAUGCCCCGAGGACGGCAAACGGUAUAAAUGCUCACCGUUCGUUGCGCCACGGGUUCAGUCGGUGUUUGGCGCGUGUACACGGCGCGUCGGUGGGGCAUUGGCAUCGCGAUGGCGCGUAACAACGGACAAAAGUGCACCUCAAACGUGGUCCUGUACUUGUUGCCGAUUUUAACCGUUCUACCAUCCGUUGUCACCCAGUCACGCCUGGAAAAUGCAACGGAUGCGAAAGCGUGGUUUGAGCGCAUGAACGCGGAAUUACACGCACUCAACCGUGAGGCCGCCCAGUACGGAUGGGAUUUAAGCACACAGCAUCAAUCCCGUGUGGAGUUCACGCUCGAGAGCUUGGUUCAAUUAGCUCAGCGGAAGUCCGCCUGGCUGCAGGAAGCGUGCGACGAGGGCGCCCUCUACCGCCAGCAGGGAUGGCCGUACGAUCGCGCCUACUACUUGCUGUGCCGUGGACCACGCAAUACCCCCGAGGAGCUAAGCGAAAUGGCGCAGCUGUUUUCGUACAUUCAGCGCAUCUACACCGAGUCGGAAGUGUGCAUUCCAGCGAACUGUGGACAACGUGGAAGACCUUCUGCAACCGUUCUGUGGGCCAAUACGUUCGUCCAAUAUCCGGGUCUUAGUGUGGGACAUUUGGAUCUAUCCUUCGUCGCUCCAGAGUCGUCGCAGGAACUCAUUUCCGCCAUGGCGCCAACGAAGUUACCCAAACAACUGGAAUGCUUCUCCGGUGAGCCCGAUCUGGAGCGUUUGAUGCUAUCGGACGGAAUGCAUCGUGUGUGCUCGGGUCGACUUCCUCCCGAAACUGUGCUUCGCUGGGCCUGGGAAUCGUGGCGUAUGGCUGUGGGGCCUCCGAUGCGACAACCGUACGGACGGUUGAUCGAGCUCAUGAAUGCUGGGUGUAUGCGCGGUGCGAACCAUCGCGAUGUCGGGGAAUGUUGGCGCGAGGAGCUAGAGAUUCCCGAGCUACGGCUUCAGGUCGAUCGUCUCUGGCACGAGGUGAAACCAUUCUACGAGAAGCUACACGCCGUCGUACGUCACUUUGUGCGUGAAAAGCAUCCGGCCGAGGCGGCCUCCAUCGAUGCUGAUGGUCUCAUUCCGGCCCAUCUGCUCGGGGGUAUGUGGAGUCACAGCUGGACGCAGUACGGACGUGACAUUAUCCCCCAUCCGGUCGAUCUUGAUGCAGCGUUCGGCAAAGCGAACUGGACGUCGAUGGAUCUUGUACGGCGGGCGGAAGAUUUGUACGCCUCGCUCGGGCUAGCGCGCAUGACGGACGAAUUCUGGAAGCACAGCCUCAUCGGCAAAGGUGUCGAUGGUGGCAAGUGUCACGGAACGGCAGCCAACAUGUACGCCGACGGUGCGUCCGACUACCGCAUGAUCGUGUGUCCACGAUCGGAGGCGGCAGCGCAAGACUUUUACGUCACCGUGCACGAGAUGGGCCACAUCGUGUACUACAUGGAAGCGGCCAAACAGCCGACCAUCUUCAGCGAUGGUACGACGGCCGCUUUUCAGGAAGCGCUCGGUGAUGCCAUCUACUUAGGGGCCAUAACGCCGCAACAUCUCGUCCGUCUCGGUUUGCUCGAUUCCAAACACAUGGCACCGGAGAAGGAGCUGGCGUUUGGUGGUGCAGAUGCCACGCUAAACUCAUUCGACUAUGCAUUCCUGCUGCGCAUGGCGCUGGGGAAACUGCCAACCAUUCCCUUCGAGUAUCUGAUGGACCAGUACCGGUGGGACAUUUUCGAUGGCAGCGUCGACUACGGCCAGGAUGCGAACAGUUACUUCUGGUUUCUGCUCGAACGACAGCAAGGCAUUCGUCCACCGUCGUCCGUCGCUGCGCGGGUGCCACUGUUCGAUCCGGCCGCUGUUUACCACCUCUCCGACAAUACACCCUUUGUGCGCUACUUUCUGGCCAGCUUUUUAAGCUACCAGCUGUAUGAGGGACUCUGUCGGAGUGCCCUCUUCGGCACGGUCACUAAUCCGGCUAACGAAAUUCCAAUGCCACUACACCGCUGUGACCUGUACGGUUCGAAGAAAGCGGGCAAGCUGCUACGGAAGGCGCUAACCCUCGGGUCCUCCGUACAUUGGACCGAUGUGCUGGAGAAGCUAACCGGCGAGGUGGACAUAUCGGCCAAAAGUUUGCUCCGGUACUAUCAACCUUUGAGCGAGUUUUUGGACCGAUUCAUCGCCCGCCAUCGGCUCACUGUGGGCUGGGAACACUAAACAAAGGCAACAAAGCUACAAUCGAACACGCAGCAAAUCAUAUCGCGCACAGGUUGGAACUGGGUUGACAAAUGGGAACCGUUAUUUAUUAUUCUUGUUCUUUUUCCGCCGCUUUUGGUUUAAAUCCUCCCCUGUUUUGUACGUGAGUGCGUAUAAGUAGGUAGCUUACACCUUGUUUUAAGUUGGUUAACAAAAUAGUUGUUCAAUUACGUUUCGUUUUACCUCAAUUUUU